GUGAGAGGAGGUACGGGUUUGCCACGUCGGUCUGUGUGCAACGCGACACUGUUGCUCCUGAAGCCCAGGUCUAACUUUUACAGCCGUUUUAUGUUUUGAACCGGAGAGAAAGCGACCCUGCAGCAUCGCCGGUGUCGUCGUGUCUCGUGUCCGCAUCAGCUCAGCCCGGUACAUUGAAGCUGGGAGGCGGAGAAAUGCUCGGUGCUGUCUGGACUCGUCAGGCUGGAAGCCACAUAACUGACUGAUGCAUCCUUGUUCGGUUCACCCCCCCAUAUGUUGUCGAUGUUGUUGGCCUGGCUGUACAUGGUGGCUCAUUGAGCAGAACGAGAGGAGUCCCAGUGGCUGUUGGUUGGUGGGCGGCGUCCGUGGUUGCCACGGUAACUGGCGACCAUGCCAGGAGGUCGCAGGGGUCCCAGCAGACAGCAGCUAAGUCGCUCUGCUCUGCCGUCCCUGCAGACUCUGGUUGGAGGCAACCUCGGCAAUGGCACAGGCUUCAGGAACAGGAGCAGUAACUCGGUGGGUCUGUCUGCCCCCCCCCUCUCGGCCCUCAUUACCCCGGAGCCGGUCCGUCACUCGAGGAUCCCCGAGCUGCCGUUGGACAGCAGCCUGCUGUUCGAGUUCCUGCUCUUUCUUUACUUGCUGGUGGCCUUGUUUGUCCAGUACAUAAACAUCUACAGGACGGUGUGGUGGUACCCAUACAGCCACCCUGCUGCCUCUACCUCGCUUAACUUUCACCUGAUGGACUACCACCUGGCUAUCUUCAUCACAGUCAUGUUGGCCAGGAGGCUUGUUUGGACAAUAGUUUCAGAGGUGUCGCAGAGCAGCGGCGGAUCACUGCUCCGCUAUGUGGUUCUGAUCGCAGCUCGCCUCAGCCUGCUGACCAUGUGUGGAUGGGUGCUCUGCUGGACGCUGGUCAACCUCUGCAAGAACCACUCUGUGCUCAACCUGCUCUUCCUGGGAUACCCAUUUGGUGUGUACGUCCCGCUUUGCUGUUUCCAUCAGGAAGGAGGGAAAAGUCAAACGGCGGCGGCUGACUGCGAUUACCCGGCCGACCACCAGCAGCCCGAACUCGCGGAGACCCCGUUCUUUCGCCCACGUGACUUCCUCUUCCUGUUACGGGAGAACCUCAGAGAGCAGUUUUCCAGCCCCCCGCACAUGCCUAUUCACACCUGCCCACCACACACACACUCACACACACCGGAGUUGAUUCGAGCAGAGGUGGAGGAGCUGAAGAGCGACUUCAACCGGCGGAUAAAGGAAGUGCUGUUCAACUCCCUGUUUAGUGCUUACUACGUAGCCUUCCUGCCUCUCUGCUUUGUCAAGAGCACCCAGUACUAUGACAUGCGCUGGUCAUGUGAGCAUCUGAUCAUGGUGUGGAUCAAUGCGUUUGUGAUGCUGAUGAGUCAGCUGCUGCCCCCCAGCUACUGUGACCUGCUUCAUCGCUCGGCAGCUCACCUGGGCCGCUGGCAGAAGCUGGAGCACGGCUCGUACAGCAACACGCCUCAGCAUGUGUGGUCAGAAAGUACCAUUUGGCCUCAGGGGGUGCUGGUGCGACACAGUCGAUGUCUGUAUAAGGCAGUCGGACCCUAUAAUGUCGCUCUGCCCUCUGACGUGUCCCAUGCAAGGUUUUAUUUCCUGUUCCACAAGCCAUUGCGGAUCCUGAACCUGCUGAUCUGGAUCGAGUCCAGUGUGGUGUUGUACCAGUUAUACUCUCUGCUGCGCUCUGAGCGCUGGAACCACACUUUGUCUCUGGGCCUUAUUCUCUGCUGCAACUACUAUGUCCUUUUCAAACUGCUCCGAGACCGCAUUGUGCUCGGCAAAGCCUACUCCUACCCUCUGUCCUCCAACAGCUUGGGGCUCAAGUCGCAGUAAAGGUCCCUCACAGUGAGACCUCACCUAUGAACUCUGGACGUGGAGGGGAGAUGGGUGGAGGUCCGGUUAAGACCAGAGGGUUGAUUUAGUGCUCACGCUUGGAGGUUAAGGGACAGACUGUGAACUCAUAAUUGUGUUUUGAUACGGUUCUAUUUUUAAUGCAAUGUUUAUAUAUACCUAUUUAAAAGAAUAUUUUUAUUUUGUAUACUAUUUCGAGUUACGCCGGGCAUUACCACGCUGACGACAUUAGCAUGUUGUGUUAUGUUGUUGCCAGGUGACAGGGACGUCAGGGAAUGCCAGGAGGUGACUUUCACCAAAGAUAUUUUAAGUGCAGGCGGCCAAUCACAGAGCGGAAAUGGCUUCUGACGGUCAGUUCAACCAGACGAGCGAUUCAGAGCAGUGGAAGGAGUUGUGCCUGAGAUCCUGAAUCCUGAUUGGGCUGUUCUGCUUCAACCCUGAGCCUCUAGAACCCGUGAGACUGAUGGGGUAACGUUAGCACCACACAAACAAGCCGUACUCUCAGCAUGUUUUCACUUGUGAUUUUGAAGCAAAAGUUCAGAAUUUUGGGAAAUAAUUUGUUUUGGAUUUGUUUGAAUUCAAUGAGAAGAUGGAUAUGAAUCCAGUAGGAGGCCACAACAUGAAGACGGUUAGCUUAACAUUAGCAGAAAGUCUGGAAAUGGAUAGCCUAGUUAUGUCCAGCGCCCAACACCUGCCUACCUCUAAAACUCACAAAUAAACACAUAAUGUCUUUUGUUUCAUUUGAUCAAAAAUCCAGAUUAAAAAGGACAUCUUGCGAUUACACUGUCACUCCAGUAAGUUACUGUGCCACUGGAUAUGGUUUGACAUAUUACUUCCCUGUAAAACAGCAAAUUGUCAUUAUCCCACAUUGAUUUGGAGAUAAAACAUGCUAAUAAUUGAGCUUUAGAGGUGAUGAUGGGCAGAUUUUAUAACCCAUGGACAGAGCCAUGCUAUCGGUUUCCCCUUGCUACCAGAUAAGCUAACCGGCUGCCUGUGUUAGCUUUAUAUUUAAUAGGCAGAUAUGAGAGUGGUCUAGAUUUUCACAUCUAGCUCGCAAUCAAAGAUGGAAAUUUGUAUUUCCUAAAAUGUGAAACUGUUGCUAUAAGCAAAGCCUCAGAGUUGAUUUUGACUACCCAAUUGGAAUAAAACUUUCCUACAAACUGAGUUGAGAUAAGUCUGGAGGAAGGAACGUCUGAGGUACUCUCAUCCGCUGCCUCUGCAGAGAAUGCUGUAUUCAUCACUUUGUUACUGUGUGUUUACAAUCAGUAUGCGCUUGUUUCUCAUCAUUGGCUAUCUGGAGAGCAGUUACAGCAGCAGUCUUUACAAACGCACACCAGGGUGGCAGCAGGUGAGAAAGGACUGAGAUACUGAGGGUUGCUUAAAAGUGUACAGCUUUGAAGGGCUGCUGCUGUAACAAGGUGAUUAUUCAAUUCAAAAAUCUUAUUGAUGAUGAACUACACUUAGACAUGCUGAAAUCGUCUAUGAUUCAUUUGUGUUCUUUAAGGUCACCCAGUCGCUGUUUAUUUUCUUCAAUUUUGGUGCCUGAAUGCUUAAACCGUAAUGGGAUUGAGGACCAUAUCAUAUGUUGAUCUCUUUGUGGAUGUAGAUAACAGAACGAAUGUGGCUGAUAAUAAAGAUUUCUACUGGUACGUCCCUGGACCUAACCCUUCUCCCACUGCAAACGCGUCAUUGACAGUAGAGGAUGUAAAAUUAAAGGGUGAAGACAGCUGGAAAGGGAAGACAAUGUAUGCGUCACCUCAUUACCAGCUCAUGUAUUCCCAGUUACCAGAAUGGUGUUACAAACAGGUCGCUUUGUGUGUUGGUGCCUUUCUGUUUAGUCACACUUGUUGAACAUCCUCGUCUUCUCAAGUAAGCGCUAACCUGCAGUCAGUAGAUAAUUUGGGGCAGUAUUAAGGACGCGUGUUGGCCCGAUCAUCUUUCCAAUGUUCAGAUAGAAAGCCUCUUCAAUUUCCCACUGACUUCUUCAGGCAGGUGUCAAUCCAGAUCAUUGGUGAUGCUCUUUAACUCAGCAGAAGCGAGAGCUCUCUUUGAUUGCACACAAAUGCCAAUAAUGUGCCCAUUAUUCUGCUUUAUCUGCAAACUCAGCCCUUAAAUCAGCUCCUUGGUGCUUAAGAUUUGUUUGCGGUCAUUUUCCACUUGAAUGUAGCACAUUUUUUUUUCAACUGAAUGUUGCUGUUGAUUUGAAUCGGCAUGUUUUGUCAUUGGUAGCAUCACUGAGCUACCAGUUGAGCCCCACCACUGAAAUUUCAGUUUUUAUUGGAUGUACCUUCCCUUAACACAGAAAGAUAUUUCAAGGUUUGCUUUAAUUCCUGCUUCUGUGUCAGCUCUCACUUGAAUGUUCAGUCUUUACUCAAAUAACACACGCUCUCUGCUUUCUUUGGUUUAGCGAAACCAAUAAGAUCACAGCUGAAAAAGAGAAACAAGGAACAAGAUUUGGAAAUAUUUUAGAGUCUAUCACCUCUUGACCACAAUGCCCUGAAGUGCACUUGAUCUUCCUCUAGUCUAAAUGAAAUUUUAAGACGGGUUUUAAGUAAAAUUGAUGCCGAUGAUGUCGAUCUAUGUCCCUGUACUUGCAAAAGUUGUCAAAUUGAGUCAAUUUCUAUGUGCCAUAUCCCAGGCUGCAGUUUCAGACUGCUGGUUGAACCUGAUGAUGAACAUGUCGGUGCUGGAGAAAUCAUAGGAGCUGGUCCUCAUAUUUCGGCUUUUUUACAGUGUUCAGUUUCCCCACAGCAUUUCUGAAAAUGCUUUUUGACAUCUGAAAUAAAACAUGGUGUUUA